CGGCGGCUGAAGCGGCGGAUGGAUUUCUAAAUCAACCCAGUGCACGGUUCUGUGUUUGGGCUUUAGUUGUGGAAGAGAAAUGCCUACCAUGUGCUAGGAUACAAAGUUUGUGGAUCCUUUUAUUUCCGUGGUUCUGGAAUAUAAAGAGAAGAAACAGGACAAAAUGGGGAGGAAGAAAAUACAAAUCACAAGAAUAAUGGAUGAGCGGAACAGACAGGUGACCUUCACAAAAAGAAAGUUUGGAUUAAUGAAGAAAGCCUAUGAACUAAGCGUGCUUUGUGACUGUGAAAUAGCACUCAUAAUUUUCAACAGUUCUAAUAAGCUCUUUCAAUAUGCCAGCACUGAUAUGGACAAAGUUCUUCUCAAAUACACAGAAUACAACGAACCCCAUGAGAGCAGAACUAACUCAGAUAUUGUUGAGGCUCUGAACAAGAAGGAAAACAGAGGGUGCGACAGCCCAGACCCUGACACUUCCUAUGUGCUCACGCCACAUACAGAAGAAAAAUAUAAAAAAAUUAAUGAAGAGUUUGAUAAUAUGAUGCGGAAUCAUAAAAUCGCACCUGGGUUGCCUCCGCAGAACUUCUCAAUGUCGGUGACUGUUCCUGUAUCCAGCCCCAAUUCUUUAAACUAUAGCCCUGGGAGCUCUCUUGUGUCCUCAGCCUUGGCAGCAAGCUCUACCUUGACAGAUCCCACACUGCUAACUCCUCCUCAAGCUUCGUUGCAUCGAAAUGUAUCACCUGGAGGUCCUCAGAGACCCCCAAGUACAGGUAGCGCAGGUGGGAUGUUGACCACCACCGAUCUCUCAGUGCCAAAUGGAACUGGUUCUAGUCCAGUGGGAAAUGGUUUUGUGAACUCACGAGCAUCCCCAGGUCUGCUUAGCAGCACCGGUGGAGGGAAUGGUUUAAGCAAAGUGAUGCCUACAAAAUCUCCUCCACCUCCUGGUGGGGGCAGUCUUGGAAUGAACAGUCGCAAACCAGAUCUCCGUGUUGUCAUUCCUCCGUCUAGCAAAGGCAUGAUGCCUCCAUUGUCGGAGGAGGAGGAAUUGGAGUUGGUGAGUCUGGGUUCUUACUUGAACACGCAGCGGUUAAGUAGUUCUCAGUCCACGCAACCUCUUGCAACACCAGUUGUAUCUGUGACAACUCCAAGCUUGCCUCCACAAGGACUGGUCUAUUCUGCCAUGCCUACAGCUUACAAUACUGAUUACUCCUUGACUAGUGCAGACCUGUCAGCCCUGCAGGGGUUUAACUCCCCAGGAAUGCUGUCAUUAGGACAAGUUUCUGCCUGGCAACAGCAUCAUCUAGGACAGGCAGCUCUCAGCUCUCUUGUAACGGGAAGCCAGUUAUCCCAAGGUUCCAGUUUAUCCAUCAACACCAAUCAAAAUCUUAACAUUAAGUCUGAACCGAUCUCACCCCCUCGAGAAAGGGUGACCCCCUCCACGUUCCAGUCGCAGCAGCAGGCAUCGCAACAGCAGCAGCAGCAGCAGCAGCAGCAGCAGCAGCAGCAGCAGCAGCAGCAGCAACCGCCACCACCUCAACAGUUGCGGCAAGAAAUGGGCCGUUCUCCCGUGGAUAGUCUCAGCAGUUCUAGCAGUUCCUACGACGGCAGCGAUCGGGAGGACCCCCGGGGCGACUUCCAUUCGCCGGUCGGGCUGGGAAGGCCUCCCAAUUCGGAAGACCGAGAGAGCCCGACGGUCAAGCGGAUGAGAAUGGACACAUGGGUGACCUAAGCGUGCCGUUCUCUACCUUGCUUUCCACUUUUGAGUUACCCCCCAAUGAACAGUCCUGACAUAUCUAAAUUUAUAAAUAAGGACAUCAAAUAAAUAUUUAUAUGUGUAUAUAUAUAUAUAUUAUAUUAUAUAUAUAUACAUGCAUAUAUAUAUAUAUAUAUCUUUGUAUACGUAUAUAUGUGUGAAUGUGUAGCAAGACACAAAAAGAAAAACCGGGCACUUAACACCAACGUUUUAUAUGGUUGCGGAUGCCCUGUGGGUUAAACAAGUGUAACAGAAGGUGCCCCCCCCCUGUAGGUCUUGGCCCCACCUGGCACUUAACGCUGGACUUUGUACUUGGUUGUGCAAAAGAAAUAUUCUCCCCCAUAUAUAAACUAUCCAAUUAGAUGGCUGAACCAUCAGGGCCUGCCUCUAGUAGUGUUCCUGUGUGUUUUUUAACAGUUGUGUGGUUUCCUGUAAUUAAAAUUUAUGCUUUGUAGCAGCAGAGCAGUAGGAAAAAAAAAAGCAAUACUGUACAUAGGAUGACCUCUCUCUAACCCAGUCUAGCAUGGGUCUCUCUUGCAAAGAAUGCAUGGAGAAGGGCUGGUAUUAUUUUAAAAAACACACACAAACUCCUGUUUUUGCACGUGCAAAACAAUGCUGGGUCUGAUCAGAUUUUUUUUUUUUUUAAAACCACGAGACAGACUCGCAAAUAAUACGCAUGGAAUCUUCAGAAGAUGUUAGCCUAUGAGAUAUCUAUAAAGAAAAAGAAUUAAUAUAUUAAGUUAUAAUUGGAAUAUGUUUUAAAAGCUUUCUUAUGUUAAUCUUACCUUUUUUAAAAUAUAGAGAACCAAUUUUAGCUUGUGUAUAUUUUUUAUUAAAGAAAACCAUACGUCCCUUGAAGACUAUAUAGAAAGUUAUAUAUGUACUUUUGAACACAUUCUGUAUGAAUUAUUUAUACAAGCCAAAGUUGAAUGGUGUAGCUUUUUUUUUUUUUUUUUUAAUUUGUAGAGUAUACUUCUAACUUGAUUUUUGACUGUCUAUUGUUUUUAUUUUCAGGGGAGGAAGGAAAAAAAAAAUUGCAGGCAGAACCUUAGGGAAAAAUAAGCCAUGAAUAUUCUUUAUGUAAAUUAAAAUUUGAGCCAAAUUUUGUGUACAUAGCAUCUUAAAUAUAUGAUCACCUUUUGGUGUAGGUACGUAUGUGCUGUACCUUCACCAGAUUAAAAAGUAUAUUUUUGUGGAUUGACGCCAACUUGAAGAAAAAAAGAAGAAAAGGCGAGGUCCUUAUUAGUAGAGUAUUCACUGUUUAAUAUUUACUAUUUUGUUCAAUAUAUACUGUACUUUCUUUUGGAUUUAAUUAAUAUUCAGAUUUUUUCAAAGGGUGUUUUAAAAAGGGGUCGUCCCCUUCACUGGUGGUGAAUGUGUUUGUUAAAAUUGUACUCUUUUUUUUUUUGUGCUGUAUAGUAAAGCUUCCCUUACACGUUUUAUAAAUAUAUACACACAGAAAGACACAUACAUAUAUAUAUAUAUAUAUGUAUAAGUGUAUAUUUGUGUGUGCAUGUGUGUGUGUAUAUAUAUAUAUAUCUAUAUCUAUAUAUCAAUAUUUAUAUAUAUAUGAAAAUAUAUAUGUAUAUAGAUAGUAAAGUGAUAAAUCCUUCCCUAAUCCCUCUUAUAGAAAUCCGAUAUUGAAUUCAUCCUGCAUAAAUAGAAAAGGGUAUUGUAACAUGGUUUUUAAAGGCAUUAUUCACAAAUGUCUCUUCUGGGGUUGAGGGAACUAUUGUUCAUGUAAUGAAAUGAAAACAUGCACAGAGAAGCAAAAAAGAAAGAGGGAUUUUGAAGUGGUUUGUGUAAGUUUUGGACAAGGUAUAUUUUACAAGCAUUUUGCUAAUGUGAGUUAUUUAGAAAGCGCGUUUACACAUGGAGGGAGCAGCUGUUUAGGCGUUUCCUCUAGCGUGUUCACAUAUCCGACACGUAUCUCUGAGCACACGUUAAGAGUAUUUAAAUCUCUGGGCCCAAGGCCUGCUCCGUGGCUUUCAUUUGCACUAAUUUGGAUUUAAAGACAGCGUCAUGCCAGGUCUAAAUUUGGCCUUAUUGUGUACAAUACGGGUGCAUGUGUCGGUAUCUUGCAGAGUUGAGCAUAGAAAAA